CUUUUGUCGACGACAAGGCAACGCACCAGCGACAGAGCGACCUAUAAAAAAAACGUCGCUACCCAGUUUAAAAUACCGUACGUUGUUUGUUAAUCGACUCUGUAGACUACUGUUUUUAUUACUUAAGCUGAAGAAAACCAAAAUUUUGGAUCAUUAUGGAGAUUCGACUAAUAUGAUCAUUUCAUUGAUGUGGUAGUGGAUUAAGUGAACACCGUCAGACUGACUUAUAGCUGACAACUGUCAGCUCGUUUCUGUGGUUCAUUCACUUAAUUGCCAAGUGCGGAAAUGGUUGAGGAAAAGUUCAAGGUUUUGACAUUUAAUUGCUGGGCUGUGUUUUUUCCUUCUUCUACCGUAAGAAAAGAAGAUAGACUGAAUGCUAUUGCAUUGCGUUUGUCACAAGGAGAUUUCGAUGUGAUACUCUUGCAGGAGAUUUGGCUUGAUGCGGAUUACGAUAAGCUCCAGUCGUUGUUAAGCGAAAAGUAUCCCUACUCGAAUUACUUCCACUGUAACUUAAUAGGCACUGGCAUGUGUAUUUUCUGCAAGUGGCCGAUAGAAUGCGUGUUUACACACCCUUUCACUGCUAAUGGAUAUCCACACUUGAUCCACCAGGCUGAUUAUUACUGUGGUAAAGGCAUUGGGCUUGCUCGAAUCACAACCAGAGGAGGGUUCAGGAUCAAUUUAUACGUUACCCAUCUAAUUGCUCGUUAUGAGUUGAAUCGUUCAAUGGAUAAAUAUAAUGGACAUAGAAUUUCCCAAUUAAUUGAGGUGAUGGAGUUUAUUCGAAUGACAUCGACUGGUUCAGAUGCUAUCAUUAUCAGUGGGGAUUUCAAUCUAGAAUCAGAUACUUUAGCAAUUGAAUUGUUUCGUACAUCAUUGAAACUAUCUGAUGCAUGGUUGAACAAUGCUAUAGCCAAGAAAAAUCCAAACAUUACGGAACUGGAAUCUGAUGGGUGUACAUGUGAUCGAGCUGAUAACCCGUAUAGAAAUCAGUUAUGGACCAAUGAAUACGGAAAUGGUGAAAGAUUAGAUUACAUAUUUUAUCGCUCUGGUCCAUCAGUGAUUGACUCACUCUAUAUUCCAACUUACGCUAAACUUGUUUGUGAUUCGUGUUGGUUAGAUAUGCGUAAGGUGCCUGAUGAUCCGCAUGGUUUACAUUAUUCUGAUCAUGAAGGUGUAGCUGCUAGUUUCACUAUUACACGACUGUCCAAUCCAACUAAACUCGAAGAGCAAAGCAUGUCAACAGAAGAGGUGAAUAAGUUACGUGAUCUACUAUCAGAUGCAGAUAAACAGUUAACUCGUGGAUUAAAUCAGUGUUUACAUGGUCGACUAUUGCAUUUAACAUGGGCAGGUGUAAUUGUCUUUCUGUUAUUCGUAUUAAUCAUUCUAAUUAAUCCAACUGGUUGGUUAACUUCACUAAUGAAGUGUUCACUAGAAGUAAUACUUGGUGCUGUACUAUUUUCCUUAAUAUGGGGUUCAUUAAUUGGUAGAACUAUAGAAAAAGCAGGAUUACAAAAUGCUAAACAAUGCGUAUCUACAUUAUUAUCCCGACUAGAGUCUUCAGUUAAUGAUUUUACUUUAGUUAAAUGAAUUUAAAUCUUUCUUUAAAAAAUCGAAUAAGUGGCCAGCAUAUAAAUGUAAACAACACAACGAUACAUUCCAAGCUACUGUGUCUUUGUUCUUUCUCCAAAAAUUUGAUUUCCUUCUGAAUAUAUAUGUACUGCAGUAUUUAUUACAUUGUCUGUCAACAUAUUGUUUUGUAUCCGUUAUCAUGAUAAUGGGUAAUCACAACAGUUAUUGUUAAAUCCCUUACGUAAUUUUUAUUUUCCUAGUCCAUUUUCCCGUUAUUAAUUGUCCUUGGAAUGCACAACUGCCUCUCGUUUCGUAUUGUAAUAAUCACACCGUGACUCAUUACUAUAAUCCGUUAUUUUUCAUUCUCUGUGUUAGGUACAACUAUCAUAAUACUAACAAUAACAAUAAUAAUAAUAAAGUUCAUUCGACUAUCUAUCUGUAUUUACCUCGUCCAAUAUGUGUGUGAUUAUAAGUGAAUUCCAUUCAACUCUGUCGUUCUUUCGACUCGCUUUGUGAUAAUGGUAAUCCUUUAAUACACAUCUUUUAGCACUGAAAAAUUGUGUUCUUUUCAUUUAUUUGAAUAAAGAAAUAAGUAUAAAUUAGGACAAAUAUGUUUUCAAAAAAAUGUAAAACAGUAAGAUGAAAAUCUGGGGAGAAUUAACCAGGCUUUUCUUUCCUGUCUUCAUCAUGGAUCAGUGCUGCUGUGAUUAUAGUCAUAGUGUUGAUA